AUGGCUGAAGAACGGGACUCUUUGUAUGCCCAGUCACAACAGAUACAGGCGCAGAAUUAUCAGCUCAUGCUGGAUCGGACCGCAUCAGAGGAUUGCGCCAUCUACAGCGACCGCUUCAUCCCCAGCCGCACCGGAUCCAACCUCGCGCUCUUCGACCUCGCCCCGCCCCCCUCCUCCUCUGCCUCCGGAUCUGCCGCUCCCCCCUCACCCUACUGCGCGCUCCUCCGCGCGGCGCUCUUUGGGCCCGACACGCCCGACCGCCUCGCCUCCUCCGCCGGGGCCUCCUCCUCCUCCGCGGCCUCCCCCGUCGGCUCCCCCGCCGGCGGCAACAUAUUCCGCUUCAAGGCCGAGGUGCAGAGGAACGCCAAGCGGGCGCUCUUCGCCGGCAGGGACGACCAGGACCUGCUCUUCCCCGGCAUCUUCACCCCCAAGGGCUCCGGCCCCAGGAAGAUCCCUAGGUCGCCCUACAAGGUGCUGGAUGCGCCCGCAUUGCAGGACGACUUCUACCUCAACCUCGUGGAUUGGUCUUCGCACAAUGUCCUCUCGGUCGGAUUGGGGAAUUGCGUCUACCUGUGGAAUGCAUGCAGCAGCAAGGUCACCAAGCUCUGCGAUUUGGGGGCGGACGACACCCUUUGUUUCGUGAGUUGGGCGCAGCGUGGCACCCACCUGGCUGUAGGGACUAACCAAGGCACCGUCCAGAUAUGGGAUGCAACACGAUGUAAAAGAAUGAGAACCAUGGAAAGCCAUCGCAUGCGAGUAGGUGCUCUUGCAUGGAACUCUUCAUUGCUUUCUUCUGGCAGUCGUGACAAGAACAUCCUUCAUCAUGAUUUACACGGCCUUCUUGCAUCUGGUGGUGGAACUGCAGAUAGGUGCAUAAGAUUUUGGAAUACGACCACAAAUACACACUUGAGUUCCAUGGAUACAGGGAGUCAGUAUAAUCAUAUCUACUCUUAA